AUGCCGAGGCCGUCAAAUCCGUCUGCGAACCUGGACGUCUCGGCCUCGGCGCUGUCGCCGCUGCAUCGCCUGCCCGUCAACCCCCGCCGCAAGAAAGUCGCCCCCGACGAGCGUAAACGUGUGGCUACCGCUUGCAACAGCUGCAAUGUCCGCCGCAUCAAAUGCAGCGGCGACCGGCCGUGCCGUCAAUGCACGAGCGCCCAGCGCGACUGCCUGUACCCUGAGCCGGUCGAGCGGGUGACGAUCCCACGGGCGGAGCUAGACUCGCUGCGACGCCGGUGUGCCUCACUUGAACGGCAGCUUGCCACCACAGAACGGAGCGAUCACCAACCGGACCGGCAGGCGCAGCCGGCUGGUUCACCCCCCGUGUCGUCCCGGGCCGAAACCGUCGAUUCGCUGUCCCCGAAUGGCGACGCCCAGUUUCUCAUGCGAGGCGGCAUAGAUGGCCGUAUGCUUGCCGACCCGGCCGGCACCUCCCGGUACCUUGGCGAGACCUCGGGCGCGACCUUCCUGGAUACCCUCAAAGAGUUAAUCACCACGGCUCAGCCAUUGGCCCAGGUCCUCGACGGUGACCCGACGGACCCGUCUGCUGGCACGGCCUUUCUCGCGUCUCUUGGACAGUACCAAACCCACGAUUCACGCCCGAUGGAGCUGCCAGAGGACCCCGACCCAUUACUCCUGCCCACCAAGUCCGAGAUGGUCGAUGCCCUUUCGCAAGUUUAUUACUUUAUUCAGGACAACCGUGGCACGUUCCCAAGUGGCGGGAUCAUGUUUUGGCCGUUCGAAGACGUCGAGCGUGUUCUCUCGUUGGCUGCCAUUCCAAGUGUCCCAGCCCCGGAUGGGUCGAGGGCUCGGCCGGGGCCUCAUCACCGCCCGCUGGCAUUAUAUCAUGUCGCUUUUGCCAUGACCUGCAUGCUGAACAUCAAGGAGCCCGGCUCUGCGGCCGACGGUCAGUUGGGCGAGGCUUUCUUUGCCCGGGCUCGGUCGCUUUUGGGGAACUUGCUGGACCGGACCACCUACACAGUCAGCGACGUGGCCGUCCUUGCGCUUAUCGGUCUGUACCUCAUCGAGAAUAACCGUCGAGACGCAGCCUACAUGGCCAUCAGCAACGCCAUGACCAUUAGUGUCAUGCAUGGGUUACACAAGGGCGGCUUCGGUGGCGAAGUUGGCGUGAGGACCUUUUGGACGGUUUACGUCUUGGACAGGUGGCUAGGGUGUGUUAUGGGACGACCACCAACAACACCGGACGACGCCAUUACGUUGCCACUGCCACGGGAAUCACCUAGCUACCGCGAGGCUGGGUUGCCCGACCUGUUGUCCAAGGCAACCGUCCGCGUCGGGAAGGCGCUUGCUAUGCUCCGCAAAUGGCGCGAGAACUUACCAGCGGUUCUCCAGCUCCCAGCGGACCCUCUAACUCUCACGCCGGUUGACCUAUUCACACAAGCUACCUCAUUUGGGCAAGGGCCGGAAGGUCUCAACGGCGCUCAAAGCUUUGGCGAGGACCGGGCUUGCUGGGCCCUUCACAUGAGUUACAACCAACUUGUUAUCCUCGCAGUCCGGCCGGCAAUGCUCACGGCCGCGUGGAAAGCCGUUGCCAGCAUUGUCUGCAUCGAUCAGACCUUUGACAUCGAAUCCAUGCACACACGCAUGACCGACCCGAUCCGCGCAUGCAGCGAUGCGGCUCGACGCAAUCUGCGACUCGGAAGACUCAUGUGGCUACACAGCCCGCGGCAAAAGCUGAUGCUCGGCGACCUGCACAACAUCUUCAACGCUGCCGUGGUCCUCACCAUGCACCAAAUCGUCUUUGUCAACCUACGGACACAAGAUCGGGACGAUGUCGCCUGGGCCGGUGAAGUGUUCGAAUCGGAAGCUCUCACAGGCCGCGAAUACGCCCGGGAUUGUUCCCGUGUACUGCGCGACCUGAAGUACCUCGCGCAUCAACUCCGCAACCCCAUCCACGACCCAGCCACCAAACGGGCACUCCUGGCCGGCGACGGGAUGCUCCGCGAGCUGCUACCGGAAGAAGCAUGCGGCGCGUCGGAGAGAAUGGAAGAAAACGGCGGGCACGAGAGGUCAAACGACGGGGACAACACGACUGGCUAUCAACACCGAAGCCAAGCACAUGGGCAGCAUCCAGGAAUCCUCCACCAGCGGGUGAGCGCUAUGUACCAAACGCUGUCAUGCUGGUGGAACACGGACUACGUGGAAAUCUACAACAGCUAUCUUUCCUAA